GCGUCACCAGGACAACGGGCGUUGCCGGCGCCGUGUGACUCUGGGCUGUGGGCGCGCUUGUGGCUCUUCGGCCAUGGUUUUCUCAAAUAAUGAUGAAGGCCUUAUUAACAAAAAGUUACCCAAAGAACUUCUUUUGAGAAUAUUUUCCUUCUUGGAUAUAGUAACUUUGUGCCGAUGUGCACAGAUUUCCAAGGCUUGGAAUAUCUUAGCCCUGGAUGGAAGCAACUGGCAAAGAAUAGACCUUUUUAACUUUCAAACAGAUGUAGAGGGUCGAGUGGUGGAAAACAUCUCAAAGCGAUGCGGUGGAUUCCUGAGGAAGCUCAGCUUGCGAGGUUGCAUUGGCGUUGGAGAUUCCUCCUUGAAGACCUUUGCACAGAACUGCCGCAACAUUGAACAUUUAAACCUCAAUGGGUGCACAAAAAUCACUGACAGCACGUGUUACAGCCUUAGCAGAUUCUGUUCCAAGCUGAAACAUCUGGAUCUGACUUCCUGUGUGUCCAUUACAAACAACUCCUUAAAGGGGAUCAGUGAGGGCUGUCGGCACCUGGAGUACCUGAACCUGUCGUGGUGUGAUCAGAUCACGAAGGAUGGCAUCGAGGCCCUGGUGCGGGGUUGUCGCGGCCUGAGAGCCCUGCUGCUGAGGGGCUGCACGCAGCUCGAAGACGAAGCUCUGAAACACAUUCAGAAUUACUGCCAUGAGCUUGUGAGCCUCAACCUGCAGUCCUGCUCACGCAUUACGGAUGAAGGCGUGGUGCAGAUUUGCAGGGGCUGCCACUGGCUGCAGGCCCUCUGCCUGUCUGGUUGCGGCAACCUCACGGAUGCCUCCCUCACAGCCCUAGCCUUGAACUGCCCAAGACUUCAGAUCUUGGAGGCUGCCCGAUGUUCCCAUUUGACUGAUGCAGGCUUUACACUUUUAGCUCGGAAUUGUCAUGACCUGGAGAAGAUGGAUCUCGAAGAAUGCAUCUUGAUAACCGACAGCACACUCAUCCAGCUCUCCAUUCACUGUCCUAAACUGCAAGCCCUGGGCUCUCUCCCCGACUCGGAGAUACCCUGGACUUGGACUCCCACCCCUUCGGCAAUGUCGUCUCUUGUGUGCACGGGACAAGGUCUUCCACCAGCUCCCUAACUCCUGCUUCCUCAGGAGUGCAGGCCCACCUCAGCGACGGGUCAGGAAAUGUCUUCCAAAUAGUGUUCUCCCCAGCGGGGAUUCUGAUGACUGAAAUCUUCUCCAUCUUCCCCGACAUUCAUACAAGCUACUUCCAGAAAGGGGACUUAGAGUAAAAGAUAAACUAUAAUAAAAACCAGAAGUCCAAGAUAAGAGCCUCAAAUGAAAAAAAAAAAAGAAAAAUACCUGGAGGAUUAUUAGCAGAAAAGCAGGGAAACAGUUGCAGUUGAAAUCUAAACUUAGCUUUGGAGAUGCCUAGUAGCCCACACAGAAAAGGGAAAUGCUGUGGAUUAAAUCUGAUUAUAUUCAUCAAAUUCACUCUACAAACAUCUCUUGAGGACCACUACACGCCGGGCACUGUUCUAGGCACUGGAGAGCGAAAAGAUCAUUCAUCAGAAGAGACAGACUUUAUCGUCACUCAGAAAUUGCACAGCAGUGUGUGUCUGGAUCCUUGUUAACGGACACUCCAGGGACUCUCCCUGGUACGGACAUGGUAGCAGCGCCUCUGUCAGCCCCCAGGUAGAG